AAGUAAAAUAAAAUGCACGAUGAUAAUUUUAUUACAUAUCUCAAUAUUUUCGAGUGCUUUUCACUCACUUUAGAUAAACUAUGCUACUUUAUUUAUAAGUACCGUACACCUUCAGAACGAAUUGUAAUUCUAUUCCGAAUUCGACAGCUAAAAAUGCAUUAUUCCUUGUUGGUAAUCCUCGUCUGCGUUGGCUAUGCGGCCGCAAAAGCCGUAGAAACCGAUGUGAGACCAUUACACAGUUUUAAGGCGAAUGAAAAAACCUACUACAUUCUUCCGGACCAGAAAUCGUUCCUGCAAGGUGAUAUAGAAUGCGCAGCAUACAAUUACACAUUGGUUAAGAUCGAAAACCAGGCAGAAAACGAUGCGAUUGUAGCCCAACUAACUAAAUUCGAUAAUGCUGGAGCGUACUGGACCGGUGGUACCAAAGGAUACGGUCAAGUUUGGUACUGGUUUACCACAGCUGAGGAAAUCUCGAACACCAACUGGGCACCUAACGAACCGGAUUCUGAACAUACAUUGUAUAAUUGCAUUGCGAUCGAUCUAAGCAAGCAUAGUGAUGGAAAAUGGAUGGGCAAUUUAUGUGGUGAUCACAAGUAUACAAUUUGUCAAAAAUGAAAAUGUAUACUAGCUACUAUAGCUAAUGAUGUUAAUAAAAUUUAAAAAUAUAAAAUAGUUGUUAUUUUA